AUGUCUCGUCGUCAUGAGAUCCCGACCUCGGAAGAGAUGCGAGAAUACUAUGAGAAUCUACCGGCUAAUUGGUCCAUAGACGCGUCUCCGUUUAUGGGAGUAAAUCCUCAAUAUUGCACAGAGCCCCUAGUGCCACCAAGCAUCCUGACGCCAAUCAGUCUCCCGGAUAGCUCAUUCCGACCAAGCCCAGCACUCAGUCACCACUCACAAGACUACCACGGACAAGAAUACCAAUACAGCAUCAAUGAAUCCAUCCCAGCACCCCAAGGUCUGGGGAUCAGCGCCCCAUUCCCAAGUGAAUUCCCUCGGACCUCAGCACCAAAUGCCAGCUACAUGUACGCCCCAGACAACACGAUGAUGGGCAUGGGCCAGACCCCGAACAUGUCACCACAGGCGCCACCGCCGAAGCGCGCGAAAAGCAACUCUUCGCAGCAACCAUCCCGUGAUCAACCAAUCAACAUCGCCCCAAACCCAGAGGGCAUGCGGCAAAUCGAGCUUGAGCGCAUGUAUGGCCAGCCCUCUCCGCAGCUCCCGCCUCGGCCUCGCGCGCCUGGCCGUGGACGUCGUGACCCUCAAGCCGAAGAUGAAGAUUCGUUUGUGGAGACGCUGCGAGACCAGGGCAUUGCUUGGAAGGUGAUCCGUGAGAUGUUCAUGCAGCAUUUUAAUAAGGAUGCCACCGAGGCGCGAUUGCAGAUGCGUCAUCUCCGCCGGAAGCGAGAGCGGGUUGCGCGGUGGGACGAGUCAGAUGUCCAGCUCCUUAUCCAAGCACAUGAGCUUUGGGAAAAGGACAAGUACCGUGCCCUUUCUGAUAUGAUCAAAGAAAUGGGCGCCACGAGAUUUUACUCUCCAAAUGCAUGCAAAGCUCAAAUGCGACUAAUUGAGACAAAACAACACCGUCGAAACCGCGCAAGUGCUACACCUUCAGCAAUGUCCGAUCCGGUUCCCACUACUCCAACCACUCCUAAAAUGUCUCGAAAAAGACGCCGAGCUCAGUCUGAGCCGGAUUCUGAGGAUGAGGACGAGUAUUUCUAG